GACAGCGAGACCGCGACACGCAUUCCCGCAAGCCUUUCUGCCCCACAACGGCCAUAGGGCCUCGGCGUCCAGACUCGCGCGCCCGAUUGGCGCUCCGUGAGACUGUGCCGCGUGGUGCCCUGGCUGACCCACGGUACCCCACCCCGCCGGCGCCGCCCAACAGUCGCCGAACCUUCUGGAAACGACGCCGGGCAGCCAGAGCCGGUCGCCCGAGAGGCCUCGGGGGGCGGGGCGCGCAGGGCGGGAUUUGCGCAAGAAAACGCGUCCGAUUCGCCGUCUGUGCGUAAGCUCCGCCUCACAGACGCCAUGGCCCCGCCUUCUCCCUCCCCCUCCAUGGAGCCGCUCGGACUCAUUCAUUCCGCGCCGGGCCUGCCAGACACCUGCCCUCUCCCUCAGCCGCCCGUCGCCAACGCCGCCGCCGCCGCUAGCAUGUCGGACCCUGCUGCGGAUACCCCUUCCGCCAUCCAGAUCUGCCGGAUCAUGCGGCCAGACGAUGCCAACGUGGCCGGCAACGUACACGGAGGGACCAUCCUGAAGAUGAUCGAGGAGGCGGGGGCCAUCAUCAGCACCCGGCACUGCAACAGCCAGAACGGGGAGCGCUGUGUGGCCGCCCUGGCCCGGGUCGAGCGCACCGACUUCCUGUCUCCCAUGUGCAUCGGCGAGGUGGCGCACGUCAGCGCAGAGAUCACCUACACCUCCAAGCACUCGGUGGAAGUCCAGGUUAACGUGAUGUCCGAAAACAUCCUCACAGGUACCAAAAAGCUGACCAAUAAGGCCACCCUGUGGUACGUGCCCCUGUCACUGAAGAAUGUGGACAAGGUCCUGGAGGUGCCUCCAUUUGUGUAUGCCCGGCAGGAGCAGGAGCAGGAGGGCCGCAGGCGCUAUGAGGCCCAGAAGCUGGAGCGCAUGGGGACCAAGUGGCGGAACGGGGACAUCAUCCAGCCUGUCCCAAACCCAGAGCCGAACACGGUCAGCUACAGCCAGUCCAGCCUGAUCCACCUGGUGGGGCCCUCGGACUGCACGCUGCACGGCUUCGUGCACGGAGGUGUCACCAUGAAGCUUAUGGAUGAGGUGGCCGGGAUCGUGGCCGCACGUCACUGCAAGACCAACAUAGUUACAGCUUCCGUGGACGCCAUUAACUUUCACGACAAGAUCAGAAAAGGGUGCGUCAUUACCAUCUCUGGGCGCAUGACCUUCACGAGCAACAAAUCCAUGGAGAUCGAGGUCCUGGUGGACGCCGACCCCGUGGUGGACAACUCACUGAAGCGCUACCGGGCCGCCAGUGCCUUCUUCACCUACGUGUCCCUGAGCCCGGAGGGCAGAUCGCUGCCCGUGCCCCAGCUCCUGCCCGAGACCGAGGAUGAGAAGAAGCGCUUCGAGGAAGGCAAAGGGCGGUACCUGCAGAUGAAGGCGAAGCGACAGGGCCCAGCGGAGCCUCAGCCUCAGCUGUAGACACUUCCUCCUGCCACUGGGCCCGCAGCGGCCCGGCCUCACCACUUAGAAGUUGCCCCGAUGGCCAAAAACCCGAUCGCGCUGAGAGCUGGUGUUGUGCGCAGUAUUGUCUCACAGUGUUAGCCCGUCCCCCCGGAAACCUCACACCAAAGCUUUAUUUAUGUCACUCCCGUGCCCGUGCUGCACAGCACCGUCCCUGACCCCCCGAGGCAGUCCCUGGAGCCUGGGGCACAGUCCCGGGGCCUCUGUUUGGUCCGCGAACACUCUGGUGUUGCUAAUAAAGCUGCUGUUUGGCUGGA